AUGACUGCUGUCGGCUCUGGAUACGACGUUUCCUGUGGAUCCUACUCUCCCGAUGGGAAGAUCUUCCAGGUGGACUAUGCACUGAAAGCCGUCGAACAGCACGGGCUCUGUGUUGGCAUUCGAACCUCAGGGGGGGUAGCCCUGGCUGUUCAGAAGAACAUUCACGACAUACUGGAGAUCGACUCUGCUCCGUGCUUCUACCAAAUAGAGGAUAGCAUCGUGAUAGCGGUUGCGGGGCUUCAACCGGAUGGCAUGGUUUUAGUGUCCAAGGCCCGAGAGGUGGCAGAAUCUUACAGAGAAAACUAUAGCCGCAUCGUGCCAACGGGUGUUCUCGCCAACAGCAUCUCCGGCUAUAUGCAGCUUUACACUCACUACGGCGAGGUGCGUCCCUUUGGCUGCUCCCUGUUGAUAGCUGGGUACGACUCAAUUGCGUCUGCAGACGAGCCCACCACAUUGAAAACCAAGUACUCACUUUACUUGUUGCAGCCGUCGGGCGAUAUCACCAAUUGUUUUGCCACAGCAGCAGGUAGACAUACCUCUCAAGCUAAGGUGGAGCUCGAAAACCACAUGGGGCCUGCCGAGAAAGACACUAACGAUAGAUUUAAUCAUCUAAAGCGUGUGCACAACUCAGGGGGGCUGUUGACUGGGAUGAGUGAGAGUGAGGCAAUCCUGGCAACCGCAAAAGUUAUCUGGGCGUGCCACGAUCACAUCAACGAUCCGGAGUUUACCCUCCGCUUUGCUUUUAUCUCCGACACAGGUACUGUAGUAUAUACAAAGGAGCAAUCAACAGACAUUCAAGAGCAGACCAAGCUGACUUAA